CAUGAAGGUGAAGAAGAGCGGCGGGGCCGGGGCGGCGGCGGCGCGCACCGAGGAGGAACUGGGCCGGAAAGCGCUCAUCGGGCCCGAUGAUGUGCUGGGGCUGCAGCGGGUCACCAGCGAUUAUUUGUGCACUCCAGAGGAAAAUGUUUACAAGAUAGACUUCACCAGGUUCAAAAUCCGGGACAUGGAAUCUGGCACAGUCUUGUUUGAAAUCACCAAACCAGCAGCUUCAGAACGUGAACACAAUGACAGGAAGGACAUUGAUCCCAAUGCUGGACGGUUCGUUCGCUAUCAGUUUACUCCAGCUUUUCUCAGACUUCGGCAAGUGGGAGCCACGGUGGAGUUCACAGUAGGAGACAAACCCAUCAAUAACUUCCGCAUGAUUGAGAGGCACUACUUCCGGGAUCAGUUGCUUAAGAGCUUUGAUUUUGAAUUUGGAUUCUGCAUCCCCAGCAGUAAAAAUACUUGUGAGCACAUCUAUGAGUUCCCACAGCUCUCCGAGGAUCUCAUUCGAGAGAUGAUCCUGCAUCCAUAUGAGACACAGUCGGACAGUUUCUACUUUGUAGACAACAAGCUUGUGAUGCACAACAAGGCAGAUUAUUCAUACAGUGGAGGACCUUGAGGACAGGAUGGGCAGCCAAUCCGUGCUGGCCUUCCCCUUCCUAUUGAAGUCGUCAGGGAUAGCAACACCUCCAGUUCCGUUGCCUACAACGUCAGCUGGACAAGGAUCCACAACCCAAGGACUCUUUGUCACAGUAGGAGUUUCAUGACUAAAUUUGCCAGUCUCAUCCUUUUUGAGCUUUGAAGCAGACCCAGUUCUUCAGAACUUUCAGCUGUUCUAAAUGGUCUUUGGAUACCACUUCCCUAAGUUCUUUCAGUGUCUGCUCUGAAAAUGGCCUUGUGGGACCUGAGGGAUUUUGCCCUAAUUCUGUGGAUUUGUGUUCUUGCCCUCAAAUAUCUGUUAGGACGUGGUUGCUUUCAUAAAGAAUGUGAUCUGAGAAACCACCUGAGUGGAUGGAUGCAAAUGCAGAGUCCUGUUGAUUUGUUUCUCUGGGUCAAUUUCUCUUGUACACCCCAUUGAAAAUGUCAAGUGUAACAUCUUAUAAAAGCAAGUUUCAUCUUUAGAUUAGUUCUCUAAAACUGAUAUUUCAUCCUUUAGUUUUGGUCCUUCUAGUAAUAUUCUGUUUAAUGGCAGAGACACUGAAACUCAUAGUGAAGACUGAUAGUUCAGUGACAGAGCUGUUUUAAAUCAGGUACUGUCCUUUUACAUUUCAGAUGAAGGCAAAAAUAGCCUUGAGGGUUUAUGAACUUCCAUAAGCCUUUUCCACUAAUUUCUGGUUUUGCAAACUGAUUGCAGAAUAAUCAGGCAAAUUGGAAGGAUUUUAGCUUUAUUGAACAUUUUUACAUAGCUAACAUGCAGCCUGUUUGUGCUAUGUGUUUUCCACGUCUAUUUGCUUUCAUCUCUGCUCAAUACUAAGAUAAGGGCUUCAGCACUGCUUGUUAGAGCAAUGCUUUCAUUUGUCUAGGGCAGUUGGAGAGUGCUGGAAUUUCCAGUUUUCCAUUUGUAUCUGAAUUUGAAGAAUGUUAUGACAGUGUUUUCCCUUUGUUAAAAAUGUUUUGUGUUGGGUAUUAAUAUAGGUGAAACAGUAACUCAAAUGAUGUCAGACUUACUGUCUUAACAUUAAGUCUAAUGUAACAGUAAGCCUAUAACGUAGGACUUUAUGCACAGCAAAAAUUGAGCAAGAGCUCUCUUUUCAGACUCUACGAGGUUCAAGACCAUUUUUUCCCAAGUUUCUCAGCAUGUGCUUCUUAGAAAUGCAAAGAAGUAGCAGCAUCAAAGGAGUAAAUUAGUGUAUGCAAAGCAAAAGCUGAGAAGGCUGGGGGGGAUAGCCUGCUGUCAUGAAACCCUUACUCUAAAGUUCAGUUCACUGACACUUUAAACCAAUCAAAGGCAGUUGCAGUUUGUAGAUAUUUCUAUAAAUACUUGAUGUCUCCAUGUCUAAUUCUGUGAGUUGAAGUGGAACAUUCUAUGUUAGCCUCAGAUAGGUGUGAUUGUAAUGAUUUUUAUAAAAUACCAUUUCCAGUAGUGAUUAAACAUCUUUCUAGUCACAGCUGAUUGGAACUGCAAAUGGUUCCAACUGUAGCUGUCUGCCUAAGAGCAGGGAGGGGUUCGUGCUCCAUCUGGCCUUGUGGUCACUAUUAAAUGUGUUACCAUUUGUAUUUGGCUUGGCGUUCUUUACUUCUGAGAGAAGAUCCAGUUUUCUAAAGGAAAAGCAGUGAAUUUAGGGUACAGCACAGGUUUUUUAAAAGAUCAUAGCUAAGAAAGUGCAAAAAGUUCACUAAUUUUACACAACUAAUAUCUUGUAAUUAGCACAGCAAGACUUGUAUUUAUCACUAGUUUUUGUUUCUAGUGUAUUAAAUCAUGCAUUAGCCUACAGCUUAUCUGAGAGUAAAAGAAUUUCCUUGUUAUUUGUAUGAUGCUUUGAACUCCCGAUUAGUAAGUUUUAUAGCACAAUAAUUAUUAAAGGUGAAAAUAGCUUCCAAAAAUCUAGGUCUUUCCAUCAGCCCACUGCUUUUCGCAUCAGGGCUGUUAAACUAUCUAUUUAUUUAAUGACAUUCUGCAAGUUUAAGUAUUUAUGAAUUUUGUUCCAACUCUUGAAGGAGAAGACACACUGAUUUGAAGACAAGGCAGCUCGUGUGUUUACAACUAGCACCCCAUACAAGUUUUUUUGGGGGUAUCUUUCACCUGCUGUUUGUAAGAAUCUUUUCUGUGCAUAAGAUUUUCCAAGCUGUCUAGCAAUGGUGCUUGCCCCGGAUUGCCAGUCAUACGUUUGGUUUUUCAAAUGUAUGGAUGUUUUAAACAGAAAUACAAAUCUGAGUGUAUUUUUGGUGAGAGCAGCUGUCCUUUGGUGCAGAUUCUUGGGUUAUUGUACUGAGUAUCCUCUCUGUACAGCUGAUCUGAGAGAGUCAUCUCCUUUUUUAUGCUACCUCCUUUUAAGACUUUGGACUUCAAAACCAAAAGUAAUUCCAUGACAGUAUUACUGUGACCAACAGAAACCUGAGUGGUAGAUGUGCCCCUUUAGAAAUGAACCUAGAGUAAGUUACCACGUUCCCAAUAGUGCAGUAUGUUGCUGAAUGGACUUCCUGACACUCUGCAUUUUGUGGUAGGUUUGAGGUUAAGAGGCUUAACUACCUGCUGCUGCUCUCCUGGGUUCUGUUGUUCUGAUAAUGCAGGUUCUAUGGGUAAUUAUUUCAGGCCAACAGAGAAUUCAGUGUGAAUCAGAUAGGAAAUAUUUUAUUGAGUGAAUUUGUUGUCUUCUAUUAUUAGGAAUACUCUAAACCAGGAACAAAUAUCGGACAUUUUCAAUGAAAUAAAUUCCUACCUGUUUUAGCUUUAGCUUUUCAGUUUGGAGAAUUCUACUUUGUUUUAAAAAGUCCCUGCAGUUUGCUGCAAAUAACAGGUCCAGAUUCUUAAACCAUAGCAAAUGACAAAACUUUCUGUGGGGAGUGUAAUGAAGGUGCUUUUUAAUUUAUUCUACAUAGAAACACUUUGUUAGCAUCUUUUUAAGGUCACCUACACCCAUGUUUACAAACAUGUGGGAAUCACUGUCCAAGGGAAAGGUGCCAUACCUUUCUCCUUGCUUAUGCAGCAGUAUAAUGUGUAGGGUUGACAAGAGGCAUUGUAUUGUGUACAUAAACAGCACUAGAAGAAGAGUGUUUCUUCAAAGACUUGUGCAGUGCAGUUGCUAUUUUAAUGCCACUUCUGUCCUUGUUUUGCAUGAAACUAUAUGCAAUAUUUAAUGUUAAAGGCCACGAUUCAUACAGCACUUAACAGCAACUUCCAUCUGAAAGGGAGCUGAGAGCUCUCAGGUCAGUUGCAGAAUGAAACCCACAAUUGUUUUCCCCCUUGAAUUGGCAGCUGAUUUUUAUUAUAAACCAGUUGAAAAUCAAAUCUUAACAGCAUUGUUCACAGGAGAAUUUAUUCAUCUCCUGGACUAGUUAUUAGUUUGUAUUUUAAUAUGAAUCAUUACUGGGUUUACUUUGGAAGUUUAUCUCCAAAAUCACCAUAUAUUGGCUCUGGAAAGAGAAUUCUUUGUCUUUAAAAAACCAUUUUAAUUAGCACCACGGCUCUGUUUUAACAAAGCAGUCAGGAAACUUGGGAUCUGCCGUUCUGAAAGUGAAAGAAAACAUCUUAAGAGCUAACCAAGAUUAUCUGCUAAUAAUGACUUGCUGUUUCCUGUCAUAAGACAGGAUUAGACGUGUACUUUAUGAGUCAAUCUUGGAAAAAAGGAACCAAGUCUCUGUGAGUGCUAACAGUGACAUAAUUUUUCUGAGACAAGGAAAUUCCAACUCAACACAUUCUUCUUCUUUCUCAGUUUUGGAUUCCUGUGAACUUCAGGGGUUUUAAAGAAAAGCACCAGUAAUACACUUGUGAUUAACCUUCAUGCUCAUAGUCUCUCUCUAUGUCUUCUUUUAGAGCAGAGUAGCGUGGCUGUGUGUGAAAUAUUGCAGGCUACCAAGUUCCAAACGCCUUCAUUUUGAGCAGUCUAUUAGAGUUUAUUGAGAAAUAGUGCUACGUGUUGAGCCCUAAAAACUAAAUUCCAAUCUUCAUGACAAUAAUUAAUGCAAAGAUGAUUUGGGGCCUAUUUAAGGUAAGAAAAGGCUGAUACCCAACUUUUGUACUUAGUAUUAUAAAACUGUUAUUCAUAACUUGAAAAAAAAUAGGGUGAGCAGCUCUUUUUUUAAUUAGAUCUGGCUAGAAAUUAAACGAUAGAUUAUUGCUGUCCCUUGGGGGGGCAGAGGCAGCAUCUAGGACUGUAUGUAUCGCACAAACGCUCAAUAGGUUUGCCUGUGUUGACUCCAGUGGUUAAAGUUAUCUUGGGGAAACAAUAAGGGAGAGGGACAGGGCAAUUUAAUCUAAAUGGAACCACGAGCUUUAAGGCCAUGGUGAAUGUGUAAUGCUUUUUCUCUUGAGUUUGAGAUAUCUGGUAAUGCUCAUUAGCAGUUCUUUUCCAUACCCCCCGCAUAAGCACUAAGUUUAUACAAAUGUUUUACUAUUAAUCAGAUAUUAAAUAUCACUGACAGCUCAUAUAAUUUUUAAAGGUGGAGAGUGUGGUACUGUAGGCCUCAAGCUGUAGCUCGGUUGUUUUCUAAACCACAGCCUGACUAGGCAGGUGAAAUUGUGUGUUUUGUAUCUGUUCACAAGCUGUAGUUAACUGCCUCCCUAGAAUCACUGUGUUAAUGCCUGCUGUGAUGUCUGCUUGUGUCUUAAUGCUACACUGAGAAAACCUGUUUGAAUGUGACAUUGACUUUUUUGCAUAGAAUCAGAGGUGUCUGUAUUAAAAUGUAUUUAAAAAAAUAUAUUUUUUGUGGAAGGAAAGUAGGAUUCUAGUUAAUAUACCACUGGGGAAAAAAUGUUAGGAACAUUUUUACCCAGUUCAUUUAUAAUUCUUUGUAUCUUGUUAGUUACCUGAUUUGUUUCCUAUAAGAACAUCCACUGUGGCCCAUUUCGAGGCAAUGCAAUGCACUGUUAUGCAGAGAAUCUGGUUUUCAGAAAACUGGAAGUCUUUUGUUUCCUUUUGGGACAGUAGGAAACUGAGUAGGUUGCCAGGAGAGAACCUUGGCACCGAACCCACGUCUGUGGCUUUGGCUUCAGUAACUAGUCUGUCUGACUUGUUUGCAGCUAGAUAAGUAGCAAGAGCAAAGAUUGAGACUUCAGGAUAAAGAAAAUUAGAUGCUACAAUUUAGUCUUCCUGUAGGAGAAGGGGAGUACUGAAAUUAAUUUAUACAAGGAUAAACUAGGGAGUACACUUGCCUAAAGUGAUUUAAUAUUGGCAGCUUAGUCAUCAAUGUGCAUCCUAGGGAAUCUGCUUAACUUUUUCCAUUACCUUGGAAAACAGUUACAAACCAUGUCACUUUCAUCAGCAAGUGUUUCCUCUCCUGUAACAAACUGCAAAAUGUAAGAAAGCUCAAUAAAUGAUUGAUCCUAGA